AUGGAGUUAAUGAUCAAGCAGAGUCUGAUUGCUAAGAGCAAGCUGGCAACAGUGAAGCGUUGUGAAGGGGUGACACACUUCACUUGUGUUGAAUGCUCUGCUGAAUAUGAUGAUAAGGAGAAACUUGAACUACACCUGUUCUCACACUAUCAUACAUAUAGAUUCAUUUGUGGUGUCUGCGGGACUGGGUUAAAGCGUAAGGAGCAUUUAGACAGACAUAUGCAGGAACACACGGAGUAUCGCCCCCACAUUUGCCCCGAUUGCGGCAAGGGAUUCAAGAGGAAAGAACAUCUUAACAUACAUAUGACUAUACAUAAGGGGGAUAAAAAUCUAAUGUGUUCUCUAUGUCAAAAAGCCUUCUACCGCAAGGAUCAUCUUCAGAAGCAUUUGCAGACCCAUAAUAAGAACUUUGUCAAACACAAUUCAAUUCUGGAGCCUGAUAUAGAUAUAAAACAAGAGGCCGAGGAAUAUGAGGAGUUCAAUCCGAUCAUUACAAGUGUCAUCGGCAAUGAUGAAGCACAGGCCUUCAUGGAGACAGAUGAUCAGAAUUCAAGCGAGUCCACAUCCGAUCAGAGGGACGUUAAGCCGGAGCCAGUUGUGGACGCGUCAAGACCGUUCGUGUGUCAGGACUGUGGGAAGAGUUACAAGAGGAAGGAUCACCUCAAGAUACAUAGCUGGACUCACAUCAAGAGGGAGGUGCUUUGUGGACAGUGUGGGAGAGCCUUCCACACGGCGGACCAGAUGUUAGUUCACGUUAACCUGGUCCAUAUCCGCACACAUGAGACCGCGGACGGAGUGGCGCAGUUGAGGGCGCUGCUUGGAGAUCAGAUCGAUGUGGAAGUUCUGAACAACAGCUCGGGCCUUUUAGUUGAGCGUGGUGCGUCAAGUCCGGAGCGCCGGCCCCAUGAAUGCCCCGUCUGUCAUCGUAAGUUCAAGAGGAAACAGCAUCUGAAAGUCCACGCGAACGUGCACUUCAAACAGACACACACCGUGUGGUGCUCGCUCUGUAACGAAGGUUUCAGCGACAACAGUCAGUUCGAGGGUCACCAGUGUCAGUUCACAAGUCAGAGUCAGGGCGCGGAGUAUGACUCGGUCACACGAGACAGCCCUCCGCAAGACGCUAAGAAGGAAAACAACCCUAUAGACUUUGUGGAGGUGGAACUACACGACCCGUCGAACGAGUCCCGCCUGCCGCUCCCGCGGCGCGUGUACCUGUGUAAGUACUGCGGGAAGCCGUUCAAGAGAAAGGAUCACUACAAGAUACAUCUAUUCAUACACACUGGGGUCAAGAGCUUCUUCUGUCCCGACUGUGGGAAAGGUUUCUACCGCAAGGAUCAUCUACAGAAGCACAUGAUAGUUCACGCGAAGUUCAAGUUGAAGCCUAAACACAAAAAGGAGGUUCCCGCCCUCGUGCCUAUAGACACACUCAAAAAGGAAGUAAAGCCUGAGAUUACUAUACAUGCUCCAUCGAACACCAAGCUCCGCGUGCCGCUGCAGAUCAAAGUUCCUUACCAGAUGGUGAUGAGUUCGGACAACGGAGAACAGACAGCUGUCACUAUACACCCCACCGAUGACACUCUCAUUAUAUAG